GGGCGUUUGAGUCUCAGCGCCACCAGACAAAGGUCCAGCUGAGAGAUUCGUGGCGAAUCAGCGAGUCCAGUGGCCGUCUCCUUGCCUGAGCAGCGAAGCAUCGCCUCUAUCGGCCUGUCUGACUCUCUGAGCACAGCUUCAGCAUCGUCAGCAUCAUGUCGUCUGUCCCCAACAUGCAGGCCUUCGCCACGGGCGGCCUCAUGGUGAGCACAAAGAAGGCUCACACAGAGAAACGGACACACAGCCAGUCAGGCCGUCACACUCGGUGUCUCUAUGUGUGCCUCCCUCCCCCUUUCUGCCUGUCUGCAGCCGCCAGGGGGUAUGCCGACGCCCAACGCGCAGCUGUUCCAAAGCCUGCCUGCUGGUGGGAUGCCUGGCGCGUCACAGAUGGGCGGCGGCAUGGGACCGAUGGGAGGCGGCAUGGGCAGCAUGGGCGGCAUGGCAGGUGCGCCUGGCGCGAUGCAAUCGAUGCCGCCGAUGCAGCAGCAGCAGCCUCCACAGAUGGGUCCAGGAGGUGGCAUGAUGAGUGGUCCUGCGCAGCCAGAUAUGUCGUCGAUGAUGGGCAUGGGUGCGGGCGGCGGCAUGGCUGGGCCGGGCGGCAUCUCGCCCCAGCAGCAACAGCAGGCGGCCAUGGGGGGCGCCGGGAUGGGCAUGAGCAUGGGCAUGAUGCCUCCCCAACAGCAGCAGCCACAGCAGCCGAUGAUGCCCCAGCAGCAGAUGGGCGGGCCGGGGAUGAUGUCACAGAUGGGCUCCCAGAUGGGAUCUCAGAUGGGCAUGGCUGCGGCCAUGGGAGGCGGCCCGCGGCUGAUCCUCAACCAGCAGGAGAUCCCCUUCUACCAAAACCUUUUCAGGUCAGAGAGUGAGUGCGUGUGAGCGUCCUGCGCCAGUGUGCUGUGUCAUCUCUGUGUUGUUUGUGUGUUUGUUGUGUCAGUAUGGCUGACCCGGACGGCCUUGGGUUCAUCCAGGGCACCAAUGCGGCCGAGUUCCUGCGCACAUCGGGACUCCCACACCACCUGCUGCACGAGGCAAGCAUGCAACAAGACCCACAACUCUCACGACACACGCACCCAUGUCCGUUGUAUGUUUGUAUGCGUGUGUGGCUGUGGUUGUGGUUGUGUUGGUGCAGAUAUGGCGCAUCGCUGAUGCCAAGAAGGAGGGCCGGUUGGGCCCUGAGGAGUUUUUCGUGGCCUGCCGGCUGGUGGCCCUCGCACAGAACGGCAUGCCCGUCACGCCUGAGGCCGUCAUGCAGGGUGAGGGAGUCAGAGAAAGAGUGAUAGAGAUCCAUCCCAUCCACCCACCAAGACGCUGCGCACCGAUGGAUGUGCUUCAUGUGUCUGUCAGAGCCGCCCGCUUUGCCCAACUUCGACGUAUUGCGCAAGCGGCCGCCCUCCGAGGCCUCUGCACAAGAGGUGACUACACCACACGACACUGCCGAGCCCACAACACGGCCCACAACGCAACAUAAACUCUCUCUGUGGAUCAGGUUGGUGGCCAGGUGGGUAUGCCAUUGCCGAUGGGUGCGACGGACAUGCAGUCGGUGAUGGGGAUGGGGUCGAUGAUGGACCCCACCCUGGCGGCAGCGGCGCUGGCCAGCGGCGGGGAGGGGCCGUCCACUCCACCGAUGCUCAGCCCCGUCAACCUCACACCACAGCAACCCGGUGCGCCUAUACUCAGUGACGUGUGUGGGGGGGGGGUGGAUCUGUUGUGUAUGUGUGUGGGGUGUGUGUGUGUGGUGCAGGGACUCCUGUGUUGCUGUCACAAGGUGGGUGGGCAGACAGACAGACAUGGAGGCCUCCAAUGACGAUCCCAUGUGUGUGUCGUUCGUUUGUUGUGAUUGCCAUCCGCCUCAAUAUAAUCAAUCAGGUCAGCUGGGCGGCCUGACGCCCCGCUCAGAGGGAGCUUCCCAGUGGCUCGAAAUGAUGGUACGUCACCACAGAGCAGAGAACCGCGCCACACAACACAACACAACACACCCAUCUCUGUCCCUCCGCACACACACCCACACACCCACACACAUAUGCAGGGCGGUUCUUUGCCCGGCACCCCUCCCGGCGGCACGUUGUGGAGCAUCAGCGACAAGGACCGUGACAAGUACAAGGCCAUCUUCUACAAGACCGACAAGAAUGCCGACGGGUUCGUCGAGGCGCAGGAGGCCAAGGAGCUCCUGUCCAGGAGCAAGCUGCCCGACCAGCCUGACCUGGCUCAGAUAUGGUCAGACAGAGAGGGAGGGAGGGAGGGGGGGAGUAGUGUGUGUGUGUGUGUGUAUGUGUAGGACGUUGUCUGAUUUUGACAAGGAUGGCCGACUCAACAUGAACGAAUUCCUCGUGGCGAUGCACCUGGUAACCACACACACACACACACACACAGAGAGAGAGAGAGAGGGAGAGAGAGAGGGAGCACCUUUCUCUUGAUCUGUGUUUUGUCAUUUUGUGUGUGUGUGUGUGUGUGUGGUUCAGGUGACGAAGCGCAAGAAGGGCGCGCCCAUCCCUCGCACACUGCCGCCCGAACUAGUCGCCGUAAGACACACCACCUUGCACACAUCACAGUCACUUGCCCCGCACUCUCUCGUCGUGUCUUCUCUGCCCUCUCCAGGUGAUUCAAGGCAUCGAGCCGGUACGCCACAACACUCACACACACACACACACAGCCAGAUAACAUAACGACACACUGCACAACACACAUCAUGUGUGUCAUGCCUGCCAGUCUCCCAUGGCCCUGCCCGAGCCAGCAGCCGUCUCACCACCUCAGACACAGGCGUAAGUACAAAAUGGAUGGACACACUCCACUCUUUCGUCUGUCUCGUUUGCUGUCAUCCCAUCGAAUCGGUCAGUGCGCUUCGCGAGCCCUCCCCUCCGCCAGCCAAGCCCUCGCCGCCAGCCGACGAGUCAGCUGCCUUCGACUUCUUCGCCGCAGCGGUGAGCGACGAGCCAUCCUACAGAAGCCACCCAGACAGCACACCUCUUGACACACACGUGUGUGUGUUUGUGUGUCAGGAGGCGCCCAGCAAGGAGGUCAAGAAGAGGGGCAAGAAGGCUGCUGCUGCCGCUGCUGAGAAGGAGGAGCAGGCUGCAGCGGGGUUUGGCGACACAUUCGGGGCCGCUGCGGUGAGCGAGCACCUACCGUCCAUCCAGCGAACUAACCAUCCAUCCCGGUGCAUCCGCGUGUGUGUGUUGAUGUUUGUGUGACCUCCAUCCAUCCAUCCGCAGGGUGGGGGCGAGUGGGGUGGCGGUGAGGGCUUUGCGCCCUUUGAGUCGCAGUUCGAGUCACAGGAAGGGGUAAGUGGGUAGCCAUCCACCCUCUCACUCACUCACUCACUGAGCCCCGGCUCAUACACUUCACAAACUGUCUGUCUGUCUGUCUGCCCCAUGUGUCUGUCACUCAGGGUUUUGCCCCCGGUGGGUUUGAGGAGGCGCCUCCGCCCGAGGGAAGGAAGAAGGGACGCGCCAAGCGCGACAAGGAAACGGCACGACAGCAGGACGAGUACGAGAGACCACUCAAGUCGCAUCCCUCACAGACACACACAUACACCUCCACCUCUGUGUGUGUGUGUGUGUGUUGUCGACACACCCAGGGAUUAUGGCUAUGACGAUCGUCGCCGUGAGCGUGACAGGCGUGCCGACAGGGAGAGGCUGGCCGUCAAGCCGUGGGACUCGGGCACCGCCGUGCUCGAGGGAAUCAUCGAGGUACGCGACCUUACACACCCAAUCACCCACACACACGAUGGAUGAUCCACACACACACACGUAUAUGUCUGGGUGUGUGUGUCUGUGUGUGGCCAUGCAAUGCAGGCCGACAAGCAGAUAUCGCGCAACAUCCGUCUAGACGUCGACGACCAGGAGGACGAGCUCGGCGGGCUCAAGAAGAUGUCAGACCAACUCAAAGCUGAACUGGUACCCCCCCGCCCUGGAAACAUGCACACGGUCACAUCAAGCGCGUGUGUGUGUGUGUGUGUUUGGUGUAGAUCCGCGAGCGUGGUGAGGUUGAGCAUCAGCUGCGUCGGAAGCGCGAAUUUGAGGGUCAGAUACAGGACCUCAGGAUACAGCUGGAGGGACUCAAAGAGGAACGCCGGAAGGUACCAUUCACACACAUCCCCCCACACACAGCCCCUCACACACACACAGAGAGAGAGAGAGAGAGAGGCUUACACAGAUACGUCUCUCUGUGUAUUGUGUGCCUCUGUGUGUGUGUGUGUGUGCACCUUUGUGUGUGUGGCAGACUGACAUAGAGAAGAUCUCCUUGAGUCGCGACAUGGACCACUACCAGGAGGAGAUUGUCUUCCUCCGGCGCCAGAUACAGGACCAGCACGCUGACCUCUCGCUGCUCAGCGAAUCAAACACCGUACGUCACACGUCGGCCUGCCUCCACCCACCCAGCCAUAUAUAAUGGCUAUGUGUGUGUGUGUGUGUGUUUGUGUCUGUGUGUGCGGGGGCUCAGGUGCUGGAGAAGAACUACCACAGCAGCGAGAACCAAGUCCGACAGCUGGACAUCUCACGAAGGUAAUAAACCAAACCAGGUGGUCACACGCACACACACCGGUGACGCCUCUGUGUGUCCAUACAUAGGAAUGUGCUGGAGGCAGUGCGGGCUGAGAAGGAGCAGCUCCAAAAGGAGGAGAGAGAGAUCAACGAAAUGAAGGUACGCCAGCCGGGCAAAUGCCCCCUCCCACCAACCCACAUCUCUGUCUGUCUGUCUGUCUGUGUGUCUGUCUGUCUGCAGCAACAGCUGGAUCGCAUGCGCCGCGAGAAGGAGGACGCCCAGUCCAAACAGGCCGUCCUGCAGGAGAAAGUCAGACAGGUGAGCACCUUAGCUAUCGCCUCACAACACAACACGUCACUUGAUGUGCGCUGGCUGCGUGAGUUGAGUGCCCACCCCACCCUCCGUCAAGUCAACACACACUCACACUCACACACACCCUCGUAGACAGACCCGCUCGGCAGCCAGUCAGCUCAGCCAGUCAGCCCUGCAAGUACUUAGGAGAGGGCAGGAAGCAGAGCAGCAGACAGAGGGCAGGCAGGCAGGCCAUGUGUGGUGUGAACGUACUGAUUCGUUGCUCGAUUGGACUCGUCCAUGUCGGCCUGCCUGCCUGCCCUCUGUCUGCUGCUGUAGGCUGACCAGGACAGGACGUUGCUAAUGUGUUCGUUGGAGAGCGAGCGGUCCAAGCUCGCUGAGAUGCGCCACGAGCGCAUCCGACUCGCUGAGGAGAAACAGCAACUCACCAGAGAUAUGACCAGCCUCGCACAGGCAGGCCUUUCGUCCCAUCCCCCCAUUUUGUGCACUCCAUGAUGUGUCUAUGUGUGCGUGUUGAUGGUCCAUCCAUUGCCUUGUGGAUCCCUCUCUCUCUCCCUGUGUGUGUGUGUGUCUUGUCUCUGUGUGUGCAGCAACAGUGGAUGCAGUCCCGCGCGGCGGCGAGUGCGCUCUCCCAGCCGUUAGGCGACGCGCGGCCAUACCAAUCCACUUCACGCGUCGAAGUGCUCACGGUCAGUGGAGCACCACACACACACACACACACACCGAUAUCGGCGUGUGUGUGUGCAUCAUCCAUUUCUGGUGUGGUCGUGUGUGUGUGUGUGUAGGGUGGUGCGAGCCAUUCCUGGGCCAACUCGGUGCUCACCGGGGCGCCCGCACGGGUAACGAGACAGACACGCCGACACACUCGGGAUUAUCGCGUGUGGUGCUGCGUGUGUGGAUGCGAUCAAUCAAUCAAUCAGGACUCCAAGGGGGUGCCGGCCGGUGCCCCGAGUGUGCCACCUUCCCCCGGCCAGUUUGCGUCACACGCAGGCACCAUCACACCCGACGUGAGUGCCAGCACAGCACACCCACAAAAACAGCACACCUGCACAGAGACCAGACCAUUCUGUGAUCGAUGUCAUCACACAGAGUGCCCGUCUGGCAUCGGCCCCUCCCGCCCAGUGGACCUCCUUCGGCACCCGGACACAGCCGGAGAGGAGGGGCGUGGACCCCACUUUCUUCUCGUCCGCAGGGGGUGGCGCACGGGACACUGACAAAAUGGUAAUGGUACGCACUCAUGGAUUGGAUACACUGACUGCAGUGGCACACCACACCAUGUCACCGUGAGAUGAGUGUGUUCUGGGGGUGGUACAGGUUGAGGGCGGUCGGUUGGGGAGCCGUCGUGACGACAUCGAGUUCGGCCGGCAGCGGUUUGACAGCGACCGGGGCGGCCGGGGGACGGGGCUGUCGUCGCCGGCCAUUCACAGCCCGACGCCAACUUUCAGCGGGGUAAAUAAGACAGCCAUUGAGCACACAAAUUGUCCCCUCUCUGUGAUCGUGUUGUGGUUGUCUUGCGUGUGUCAUCCAUCCAUCCAUCAGAGUCUGUCGAACCGUGACCGUGACCGCGACCGCGACAGCCACAAGAGCACUUCCCCUGACAGAUCGGACAAGAAACGAGGUCAGCCAGUGCUAAUCACACACACACACACAUACACACAGCCUGUGUGUGUGUGCGUGUGUGUAGGUGAGGACAGCAGCCUGACGGCAGAUGGGUUCGGCCCCUCCCUCGACGAAGCCCCCCGACCCGCCGGCAAAAGCGGACGCAAAAAGGGCAAAAAGAAAGCCGCCGAAGAAACCGAGGUAUAUUAUGUCCCCUCCCCGCUGGUCCCCCACUCACGGCACGGAACACACUCCCUCUGUUUCUGCGUGCGUGUGCGUGGACGUGAUGUGCUGCAGGUGGUCGAUUUCGCUGCUGGCUUCAAUGCUGGUCUUGGCGGCGGCGGGGGGUUCGACAAUUUCGACCAGCCGGGCGGUGUGGGCGGCGGUGGGUUUGGCGCGACCAUGACGGCGACCACGACCAACACCAACACGGCCAAUGGUGGCAAGAAGGACAACACCGCUGAGAAGGGGGGAGAGGGCAAGGGGGCCGACAAGAAGGGCACUGGCGGUGGUGGUGGUGGCGGUGAGGAUGUGGACUUCGGCAACAGCGCAAACUGGAAGAGCUUCUCUGAAAACGGUAAGCUGUGUGAGGGAGGGAGAGGGGCGCAUGGAGGACAGACAGAUGGGCAUGUGCGUGUGUGUGUGUGGUGUGUGUUUGUUCUAGGGAUGGAGACGCCCUCGUUCGGUGGCCGGCCCCCUCUGUGAUGGCUUCAUGCGUUUUAUAAGCCACUGCCUGUGUGUGUGUGUGUGUGUGUAUCUGCGAGUUGGACCAACACCGCCACAAUUCAAAGGCAGUCUGCCUGCCUGCCUGCUUCGUUCACUUAUUUACUGGCCAAUUGACGAGAGGAGGAGUCGUUGCGUACCACAUGAGUGUGUGUGCGUGGGAGAGUGAUCAAGAGAGACGUUAUCAGAGAGAGAGAGAGACACAGACCCGAUUUCAACCUGACACUUUUGAUUGGAGAGAGAGAGAGAGAGAGAGAGACCGACCGGUGCUCACUUUAUCCACCUGUGUGUGAGUGUGUGCGUUCCUCUUCUCACAAGGCACCACUGGGCUGUUUCCAUGGCGAACAGGCGACGAAUGAUGGUCUCUCUGCUAUUGUGAGAGUCCGUCACACGUUGCCAGCCGCGGGAUGGAAACAGACCAGCGAUGCCAUCGAUGGACAGACAGGAGACUCUGAGGAGAGAGAUGCCGACAAGAAAUGAACGUGAUGCCUGCGGGGUGUCACGGUCAGGGUGGAUCUGCUGUGCUGUGCCACGAGGGAGAUAAGUCUUGAUAUGCCUUUUGUGCCGGUUUGCGUCAUCCUUGCCUGUGUGGUGGGCGUGCUGUGGGGGGAUGUUAUCUGCGUGUCGGUCAUGUUCAGCCGUUUCCCAUGAUCCACGGGGGACGGCUGCAGGUGACUGACACGCGCAUACCCAACCACAGCCACACACUCACAGCACAGCUGACUUACCAACUCGACUCGACUUGAUGGUGCGUGCCGUGCUCACUCCUCCAUUCAUUCUGUUCGCAC